AUUGUUCAUGUCAUUGUAUUUGUCAUUGUGACAGUUUUUUUAAGCAGGCAACAUUGAGUGAUUAGUCACUUUGCUUGGUUCAUCAAAAUUUUGUUUUCCUGCUUAAUUUCCGUUAAAAACGGCUGUUUAUCCGUAUUAAAGUGUAAAUAACAUAUCAUAUUAUCAGAAUGUCGUCCCGCAAGACCGCCGGCCGCCGUGGCACAAACAAGAAGCGUGCCCAGCGCGCCACCUCCAAUGUCUUCGCCAUGUUCGACCAGGCGCAGAUCGCAGAGUUCAAGGAGGCCUUCAACAUGAUUGACCAGAACCGAGACGGAUUUGUUGACAAGGAUGAUCUGCAUGAUAUGCUCGCUUCUCUUGGUAAGAACCCAACGGAAGACUACUUGGAAGGCAUGAUGAAUGAGGCUCCGGGCCCCAUCAACUUCACCAUGUUCCUGACGCUGUUCGGUGAACGUCUGCAGGGCACGGAUCCUGAGGACGUCAUUAAGAACGCUUUUGGCUGCUUCGACGAAGAGAACAACGGGGUAAUAAACGAGGAGCGCCUUCGCGAGCUGCUGACCACGAUGGGCGACCGCUUCACCGACGACGACGUCGACGAGAUGCUGCGCGAGGCGCCCAUCCGCGACGGGCUCUUCGACUACGUUGAGUUCACGCGUAUCCUCAAGCAUGGCGCUAAGGAUAAGGACGAGCAGUAAGUCGGGGAGACGGCGGCGAUUUUAUAAAGCUGAGAUACAUUUUUACAAGUGCUAUAUCUGGUUUAGAUAAUCGGUUAGUGCUAGGAUGACCAAGGAUACUAAAGGGAAAAAAAUGCAACAUCUAAAAACACAUUUUUAACAUCUUUAUGGCUCAGUUUCAUUGGUCGAUAACUCGGUCUCCCCGCAGGCGGUAUAUCGACUAGUGAAACUCAUAAGUCAAUAGGUCGAUCGAUACAGCAUGCGGGUAACUCCCGCAGGCGUUAAGCUUGUAUAACGACUAGUGAAACCCAUAAUGGUAUGUGUUUUGGAAACCUCCCGCACCUCCCGCAUACGGGCCCUGUCAAUCAAUGAAAACAGUUCGCCGAAUGCGGGCCCUAUGGCAUGCUUUAUGGACAUCUCCCGCACCCCGCACACGGGCCCUAUCGACCAAUGAAACGGCGCCAUGAGGGCACAUACGUAUUUAACAAAAUGCAUUUUCUGUGUGGGUAUUAGACUUGUAAAAUAAUAUUUUACAGUACAUAUGGGGCUACUUUAUAGCACUAGUGCGAGAAGUAGCAUAUUACGUUACUGUGUCGAACAUUUAAAGGGCCAUAUGUACUGUAAAACGUUGUACGAUACAUGUGCGAAUAGGUAAUUCGCAACUCGUGUCGAUUUAAAACACUCCCUUCGGUCGUGUUUUAAUUUAUCGCCACUCGUUUCGAAUUUCCUAUUUUUCGCACUUGUAUCGUAAUGUACUAUUUUAGCUUUAUAAAGUAUGACCAAGGUUGGGUUCACAAGUAAUACGGUUUACCUUAAGCAGAAUUCAAUAACAUUCUAAGGAUAACUUUUAUUUACUGUACAAAAACCGUGGGUUUAUAUGGCAGUGCUCCUGAUACUUUGUGGGAUAUUUAUUAACUUAUCUUGGCCUUUUAAUAAUAAUGGUAAAUAAUGAAGACAAUAAUUUCUCUCUCGAAGAAACGUUUAUUUCUGUCAUUCAUUGUUUCCAUCGUAUUCUAUCUCAGAAGUAAUGAUUUCUGUUGACAUGUAAAUUGUUUUAACUGAAAUGAUUAUCUCUGCCAAAAGAUUAUUGCCAUCAAUGUAUAAUAAAGUUGGUUAAUGAGCUUCAACAACAUAUUUAUGUCAGUGCCAUUUUGGCACGAUGAUUUAGCUAUUUUAGCUUACGAUAUUUUUAAGCGCGGUUGAAUUUACUUGUCAACCCAACCUUUAUACCUAAUGAGUAUAUUUUUUAGAUUUUUAUAUAUUGCCAAACUAAAAAUUGUUAUAAGACAAGUAACCGUUUUAGAUUGUAAGUUUUAAGUUGAUGUUUAUAUGGAUUAUAAAAUCUCUAAAGGUACUGCGGUGCUAAAAUAUAGUACUUAUGAUAUUCAUUGCAUUUUAUAAGUUAUGCAUUUGUCUGAAAUUAUAAUUCCGUUUUUGGACCACUAAUAUAAGUUUUGUCCGGAUUUAAAUGAUGUCCAAUUAUACGAUUUUAGAGUAGUUUAAAGCGUCACGGCUUCUGUAGAAUACGAUUAGUUCAAAGUAUUAAAUCAUUCCUAGAAUUGAAAUUGGUUGAAAAAUGAAGUAUAUUUUAAGUUAAGACGACUUUUGUUUUAAAUUAUGAAUUAUUUCGCGAAAAUAUAGCGUUAAUCUAACCAGCGUGUAUCUAGAUAUAUUAUUAUGUAAUCAUGUAUGUAUUUAUUUGAUCUUUAACAUAAUAAAUUCUUUCUUUAU